UGUGAACCACAUGGUUCACAAACAAAAAAUUAUUCAUUUUAGAGCAUGAAAUAAAAGAUGUGAUAUUUAAUAAAAGAGAAGAAUUAAAAAUAUUGAAAUUUUUUCUUAGGAUUCAAUGAAACAUUUUUGAAUUUCACAAGUUGAAAUUUUUCAAGACGACGAUAGUAAUCAAGAAGGCAGAAGGAAGCAAGGAAGACAAUCUUUAUCUCUCUCGCUCGAUUAUCAAUUCAAAAUUUAUAGGUUAUAAACCUUAAAAAGUACUCCACUUUUUUACAAUAAUAUAAUAUUAAAAAACUAAAAAUGUCAGACAGCUUUUCAGUUGAUUCACUGUCAGGUACAAGUGACGACAAAGAACUUCAAGAAUUUUUGAUGAUUGAAAAACAAAAGGCAACGAUAAAUGCUCAGAUUCACGAAUUUACCGACCAGUGCUGGGACAAAUGUGUGGAUAAAUUGGGCUCAAAAAUGGACUAUAAAACAGAAUCCUGUCUCACUAAUUGCGUAGAACGAUUCAUCGAUGUUUCACAACUAAUCACCGGCAGGUUUGCAAAAAUGUUACAAAGUUCUGUUAAUGGACUCCAGUAGUAGAUUUUAUCUACAAAUUUAUUAUGUACAAUUUAUUCGGUUCAUGUUGGUAGAUUUUUUGUUUUAUAAUUGUAAUCAUCUAUUAAAAUAAUGUAAUAAAUACUGUUAAUUGAA